GUCAACCCCAUCUUCGGCGUGGCGGGCUCCCUGAUCCGGGUGGUGCUGCACCACGUGGACGAUGAGGACAUCCGCACGCUGAAGCGCGAGUUCGGCUCCGUCCACCAGAAGCUGGACGAGCUGUCCCAGAACCGCCGGACGCUGGUCCAGAUCGAGAAGGAGACGCUGGACGGCCAGUACUGCCACGUGGAGGAGAACCUGAACCAGUUCAGGAAGUUCAUGGCCAUGGUGGAGGCGCGACCGGAGCAUCGCGACGGCAAGAAGGACGACUUCGAGGAGAGCUACGCCAACGACCUGGGCGACCAGAACCUGCACACGCUGUACGACGGCGUGGUGGGCAAGCGGAAGCUGUUCAGCCGGCCCAUCCUGGAGGUGUACCUGAAGCACUCGCAGGGCGACCGCCGCGUCAUGGAGCGCCUCUGCACGCGCCUCACGUACCUGUUCUGCAUCGGCCUCAUCGCCCUGAUGGGCUACUCCGCCAUCAUCGGCGACGACGAGGAGGGGCUGAGCGAGGAGUGGGCCGAGAAGAUGGAGCAUGUGCAGGAGAAGAUGCAGGAGGCGCUGCGCAGGUGCACAUGAGGAGGAAGGGAAAGCUUAGCAUUCCCACUUCAACUCCCGCUCUCUCCGUCUGCAUAAUCUCCUUUUUACCGCGCGAACCUGAAGGCAACGUCUGCCAAAUCCUGCUGCACGCAAUCAGGCUGUUGAUUGGCUGCUUUCACAUCACAGCCAAUUAAAACAUGGAGCUAAAUUCACAUUAAUCCAAUAAAAACAUUUAGAUUUAAUUUAGUUUUAAAAAAGCAUUUAGACAUAAAUGUGUAUUUUUGGGUCAGAUCAGAAUCUAAGAAACAAGAAAAAAAAACACAAAAUAUUUUGUGUUUAAUUUUUGUUUAAUCAGACAAAACUAAAAUAUAUAAGCUUGUUUUAAGUCAAUAAUUCAUGUGGGAAGAUAAAGAAAUACUAGUUCCACUGGCAGAUUAUUUUCACCAGCAACAAAACAUUUUUCUGUUUCCUGUGGAAAAAUCUGCCAGUUCAACCAGCACUUUCUUUGACUUAAAAUAAACUUAUUACUCAUUUAUUCCUUUUUAACUUUGUUUCAUUUCAAAUGUGCUAAUAUAUUUGGAAUAGAAACUGGAGGCAUUAUUUGGUAAGACCCGGUGUUUUUGCAGAUAACGUCUAUAAAUAUCAACCCGUCUAUCAUGAAACUGCUUUAAAAGCUGCAUCAACAUGAAAUAUCUGCAUGUUGCAUCCAUCAUAUAAAAUAUUUCAUCGUUUUUAUCUUUAUUUUCCAUGAAGCGUCAGUUAAAGUCCAGUUUCAUGAUAUAAAAUCACUUUUCGGCACUUUGUGUUGGGAAGCUGUUGCCAUAGUAACCACAGUUUCCAGAAUGAUGAAUGUAAAAAAAAAAAAUAAAAAAUUAAUAAAAUCACCAUGUAUGACUUGUGAUCACAC